AUGAAGGAUGGAUGUUUGUGGGAUACCAAUGGGCACAUUCUCUAUUCUCCUCUUCCUUGCUGUGUCCCUUUGCCUGGAUUUGAAAACAUACGAUUUUGUGUUUCACAAUAUGAUGAUAAAGACAGAGUAUUGUUAAGAAAUCUGUGUUUUGUACUUGGGGCCAAGUUUGUGGAGAAGCUGACAAAGAAGGUAACCCAUCUAAUAUGCAAGUUCACCGAUGGGACAAAGUUUGAGGCUGCUUGUAAAUGGGGCAAACAAUGCAUUACAGCUGAAUGGAUAUAUGAGUGUGUCAGCCAGAGAAAGAUUGUCUCUCUUGAUUUGUAUCGCCCAAAAGAAGUUAAAGCUCAAGACAGAGCGACAGGCUUAUGCACUGUCAGCCAAUUUCCUACUCAAGCUGCCCCAAUGAUAGCCAAUGAAAGCAUAUCCCAGUUUCCUAUCCAUUCUGCCAUUCCGAGAGACCAAUCAGCUGGAACUAACAGUAGCUUUAUAGGAGCAGCUGAACGAAUAAGUUCUACGAAGAAAAGCGCAAGUUCUUUGACGAAGCCAUAG